CAGCCUCUAGCGAGCCCAGUGAGCGCCGGGGCAGACGCCGAAACUGGGAAGCUCACUGCUCCCUGAGCCAGAAUUAAGGUUCCCGGCUCCGCAUCGCCGUGGCCUGGGCUUGCCGCCCCGCAAUGUUGCUGAGGUUUGGGCUGGUGGUGACCGUGGAGGAGCAGGAUGUGCAGCUGUUCGUGUGCGGAUCCAGGCCGGAGCUGGGACACUGGGAUCCCGGGCGAGCGCUGCCCAUGGUAGCGGAGAGCAGUGCAAUCAAUGAACCGUCCUUUUGGACCGCAGAGGUCCUGCUGCAGGAACCCAGCAGAGAAACCUUCUGGUUCAAGUUCGCCAAAAAGAUCGGCGGAAACUUCAUCUGGGAAGGAAAUGGACCUUUACACGAUCGCUGCUGUGAAUACGAUGAUAGCAAUUUGGUGGACAGUGUUUACUGUUACCCUGUUGGGCAUUAUAUUGAGGAGAGUGGAUAUUCAAAUGAGAUGAAGCACACCACUGAUUUCUACUUUCACAUUGCUGAUCACCAGGCUAUGCAUUACUCCAGGAUUCUGCCCAAGAUUUGGCUUGGCAGCUGUCCGCGACAGGUGGAACAUGUGACCAUCAAACUCAAGCACGAGCUGGGAAUUACUGCGGUAAUGAACUUCCAGACAGAGUGGGAUGUGGACCACAAUUCAUGGGGAUGUAACCGCAAAGCAGAGCCAAUGAAACCAGAAUUUAUGAUGGAACUGUACAAAGAUGCAGGCUUAGCCUAUGUGUGGAUGCCAACUCCUGACAUGAGUACAGAAGGUAGGGUGAAGAUGCUGCCUCAAGCUGUAUACCUACUUCAUGGAUUGCUGGAAAAUGGCCAUACUGUCUAUGUCCAUUGUAAUGCAGGUGUGGGUAGAUCGACUGCUGCAGUAUGUGGGUACCUGAUGUAUGUAAUUAGAUGGAAUCUUAGAAAAGUUCAGUACUUUGUAACCUCCAAACGACCUGCAGUGUACAUAGAUGAAGAGGCUUUGAUUCGUGCCCAGAAUGAAUUUUAUCAAAAAUUUGGAAAUGUCCACUCUUCUGUGUGUCACAACUGUUAGACUGAAAUUACAGUUUGAAAAGACUAUAUUUAAGAAUAGGUGUGUUUUCUUUCUGAAAUGGAUACACAUUUUGAUGUUAUGAUAGCUCAAUCCUUGGAAUAUCCUUGCAACCACCAAGAAUUAUAACUCCAUUUUCUAUUGUCCAAGCAGAAGUAUUGAGUUCAUACUUUUAAUUCACCUAGCUGGAAAAAAAUACAAGUAUGCAGUUCUGAAAACAGUAACUAUUGGGAACUGGCUGUGUUUAUUCACCAAGGGUACUGGAUGGAAACUGGUUGAUUCUAUUGAGCUACCACCAAGAGUUUGUUUAAUUAUUUACAAUACUGCUUUCUAAUAACCUUAGUUCAGCAUGUUGUAUUUCCAAAUUUCAAUCUUGUUAAGUAACUAGUCAGUGAGAAGUAUGUGAAAUGUUGGACAGGAGAUUUACCUAAUGAUUUUUCUUCUCUUCCCAUGGAAAACAUCCAAGUUUCAGGCAGCAUGUCCUAGUGAAGUGAUCAAAUGUGAAGUGACAAAUAUUAAGACAUCAAGUAGCUGCUUACUUUGAGAAAAUAAUAAACAAAUAUCACAGAAAGAACCCAUACUAUGUUGCAGAGUGGAAUUUAAAUGGAUUUAUACUCAUAACCUCCAAAAUCAAAUAUAGAGUUUAUAGUACAUCUAGGUUAAUCAGCCUGAUAUUUAUUUUCCACAUACAUCUCCUCCUACCUUUCUUCGCACAUCUCAUUAACAUAUUCUUCUAAUCUGUUCUCCAUUUUUUGUCCAACUUUCCCUUAAAGACAUCUGUACUGUUCACGUCAAGUACUUCAUAUGACAAUAAGUUGCUGUAUCUGAAGUUCUACCUGAUUUCCCACCGGAUUUAUUCAUAAUGGUCAUACAUUUAUCGCUUUAUGCUCAUUUUCAAUUCCUUCCCAUGGCUUCAAACCACCUUAGCUUUGUAACUUCCUCCUUUGAAUUUCUUUAAGAAAACAUAAAGGUACAUUGCUAUCAUUUUUUCUCUCCUGCAUCCUAGUUACUGGUUAUAGAAUAAUAUUACCAAAGGACUAGCUGACAGUGUUAAUCCUCAUAGCCAAGGAAUGGUGAAUGUGAUGAAGUUUUUAAGAGUGACAAAGCGGGUCUCUCAUAACAUGCAAUAAUGCAACAAUGCUAAGCUAUAACUAUGCUAAUACUAACGACCUUUGUUGUACACUUGCAAUUUAUAAAAUGAUCAAAGCAUGAAAAUUUGACUCUAUGAAAGAAGGAGUAACAAUAAUGUAUUAAAGAUUGUGCCUGUGAGGGCAUGUUUAUACUGUCAUUUUAUAUUUAAGAUUGCAAUUACAACUUGUAAUCUGAGGAAACUUCAACAGUGUAGUAUAUGAGGAAAUGUAGAAUCUCUGGCAGGAAUAUCUAGAAUCCAAUGUUUAACUGCACAUGUACAGUCUAAAAGUUGCUGUCAGUAUGAAAGGAGUGAAAAUGGUAAACACUGACUAUUUCACCAUCAUUAUGAAUGCAAAAUCCAAGCCAUUUAAAAUUCAAUUGACUGUAUGCAAUACUGACUAGAGAAAUCUGUAAUAAACGUGUGUCUAUAUCAACAAAUUAU